AUGCCAAUCUUGGUUCUGUCCACCUGGUGCGGUAUGCAAGUCCAAAAUGGUGUAGAUUCCAUGCUUGGCACAAGUGUUCACCAAGGCGUCAAGUCUGGCGAACCCUUUCCUGUUGAUCUGGAAAAGAUCACCUUCAUCAUCCAAAAAGUGACGGUGAUUGAAUGGAAUUCUCAAGCAAUUGAAACCCAAAGACUUGAAAAAUUUCGCAUCCUCUUCUGUCCAGAAAUAUUCGUAAAACUUGUCGAAAAAGUACUCGAAUUUCUCCGCUCCCAUUUUGGACUUCAUUACCUUUUUGUGUUCGGUUUCAUGUCCGGGAUAGCCCGUAAUGAAGUUCUCCAUAUUGAGAUGGCCGCCGGUAGCGGCCCCGGUCAAAACGGUGACGAAGCCGUCACCAUCGACAAUUUUUGUACCUUUAGUUUUCAAGAAUCCUGGCAUGGUAAGUGUAAAGAUGCGAGAUAA